CUCCCAUCCCCGCCAAAAUUUCCGAAGCUCUGAGCGGUAGCCAACGACACGACCAGUACGCCCACGAUACCACACCGGUAGAAGCGCGAACAGGCCAAACCCACCAGACUCUUGCGAUUCGACCAACUGUACACGGCGCAUCCUCGGCCAUGCCAAUCUCUAUCCUCCCACCUAGCGCACCGCUCCCACCACGGCGCGAUGCAAGAGACGACUCGGACGACUCGGACGUGGACAUGGAGGACGACGACCUCGUGACUUCCGACUCAAAGGCGAUAGUGACACCCGGUGAAGCCAUAACCUCGGACCCGCAAUGGAUGCGCGGCCACGGCACCUACGUUCCAUCCAUGCCUCCGUCUUCCACGACGAUAAUAUCCACCGUCGCCGGUACCCUGCACAAAACAAACAAGCUGCUCUCGGUACAACCGCUGCGCGCCCGAUAUCAACCAGAAAUUGGCGACCUGGUCGUAGGACGCAUAGUGACAGUGGGAACAAAGAAGUGGAAUGUGGACAUCGCAGCACCAAUGCACGCAAACCUGCCUUUGUCUAGUAUAAAUCUGCCCGGUGGAGUGUUGCGACGAAGAACAACCGUAGAUGAACUGAAUAUCCGGACCUUCUUCCAAGAAGGCGAUCUGCUCGUCGCCGAGGUACAGAGUCUGCACCAGGACGGCACCGCCUCCCUCCACACGCGAUCGCUCAAAUACGGGAAACUGCGCAACGGUCUGUUCACCAGUCUGAGUGGCGCUGGAGGUGGCAUAUUGAGUCGCAAGGGUGGCGUUGUGAGGAGCAGACGGCAGGUCUUUACGCUGAACACGGCGGCCGGCGAGAUCGACAUUGUACUUGGCGUAAACGGUUACAUUUUCAUCAGCAAGCACAUCACAACAAAUGCUGACCCAAAGGAGAUGGGCAUCAACCGACUGGACGAGAGUGUGACUGAGACACUGUAUUCGAGCCAAAACGACGACAUCGAACCGCCAGUCAUGCGGGAGAUAACUAGGGUCAGUACCUUGAUCAGGGGGUUGGUAGCAUGUGGCGCCAAAGUGGAUGAGGAUACAAUUGUCAAGGUUUACGAGGGCGCAGUCGAGCUUGAAGCUGAGGAGCAGAGCCUUGGUGGUGUGGAGAGGGGAAUUGGUGCCAAGGGCGUUGUAGAAGCUGUGCUCGGACGAUUGGAGGUUGAGGCCGCCGGCUGAAGAUGAGGGCGAGGGCGAGGCAUCCAUAUAUCGAGCAGUAAAGGUUGAAACAGCAUGUCAUGCUGCUUUCUCAAGCAGCGAGACCAUACGACUCCGCAUCUCGCAUCCGACGGGUCGCCAGCGGGUGGCAGCUCAGACCAUCGCGCUGCAACAAGUAGCUAGCAGCUACUCACAUAGCGAAGUGCACACCAGUCACGCACGGCAACCAGCAAUUCAAAGGUAGUCAUUCAUGCAUUUAUCAUCGCGCCACAAGUGCGUGACGUGUCAUAAUCGUAUAUGUAAAACAAUGGCCCCAUAUACUGGAAGCGAAAGAAGAAAUCCUUAAACAAACAAAUACCGAGAGUCUGUAAAAUCGCCUCGUUAACCUUCCAUAACCAGCACGCCCUCCCUUUCCAAUCUUCUCAAGCUAUCGAUAUCACCACCAGCUUCUAUUACAGCCUUCACCGCCGCGCGGCUAAG